CAACCAACACACACUCUCUCUCUCUCCUCUCUCUCUCUCUCUGAGCUUAGCUCUUCAUCAAUGGAGUAUUACAUGGACGAGAAAUGGAAGCUAUCGAGGGAUGAUCCAUACAGCCAUUCAUAUUCGAGCUCGAGCAAUCCGACAUUAAUGAGGAGCUUCUCCCAAGCAAGCCCUUCAACUUCAAGCCAUCCCCUUCCCAGGAGCUUUUCGCAGAAGAAUCCAUCUUCAUCUUCUUCUUCCAAAUCUCGCUUCUCGAAAAGCUCGUCGCAGUUCACGCGCAAGUGCAGCAACUUGGCCAAGGAGCAGAAGGCCAAGUUCUACAUCGUCAAGCGAUGCAUCGGCAUGCUUGUGCGCUGGAAUAAGCACCGAGACGACUCUUAGAUUGAAAGGAGGGUUUAAUUUCCGCCAUGGAUGAACCUUUUGCAGACAAGUUUUGAGGAGAUCGGAGAGAUCAGAUCAUAUGCGCCAUAUAUCUAUCUUACAUGUUUCUCUGUCACUCUGAUCUGUGUAUUUGAAUUAGAAUGUAAUUUGAAUCAGAAAAAUGUGAUAUAUAUCAUAUAUAGGUUUUUAAUGGGGAUUUAUUUGUCUUUUGCUGAAUAUAUAUGAUCUGAAUUGCAUAUCAUAUGAUUCUGUGUUUA